AUGGACUUCGUGACAUACGCCGGCGCCGCCGCUAUGCUCUGGAUCAACCGUGAAUUUCUGAUGCUGCACGGCAGCAACGCUGUCACCCUCCCAAUCGCCACCGCCAUCUUUGUCGUCACCAUCAAUUUUGUCCGCGGCCUGCUCAUCGCCGCCCGCUUUCUCACAGCCUACGCAUGCAAAGGGUACACUGCCUCUUGCGCUCUCGCGGCGGCUUGCGUGGCUCGCGUCAAGACUUGGGUCGCCUUCGGAUCUGAGUCGCACCAACGCUCCAUCAAAAGCUCCGUCUGUGAUGUCCACAUGGCACCCCGGGGAGAAGCUUCCCACGAGGGGGGCGAGCUUUCGACGAGCCGUUUUGCCGGCUCAAUCGAGAUCAGUUUGAACGACAACUCGCUUGAGACAGAGGAAGACGUUACCGCCAUCGCCGCUCAGCUAGCCGCCGCCGGCUUCGAUGAGAUCGAGCACUCCUCUGGCGUCGCCAUCCCUCGCCCUUCCGAGGAUUGCACCGAACCUUCGUGGCUCAUCGAGGCCGAGCGCAUCCUCUUCGAGACAUCCGAAUUCGCGUCAAAUCUCGAGGGUUCUGCCUUCGAGCGGGCCGAUGACGUCCCGGAUAUCGCCGCGGAUCACGUGUCCCUGCUCGGCUCCACAUCGCCGUCACCAUCUACCCCGCCCGACAAGAGGCGCGAGACGAGCGACGUCAACGACCGCACACCGCCGAGCUCGUCACCAGCGGCGCCUGUGCUGACUUCGAAGCUCAGCACGCUCGUCGCUAGUCUUGGCAAGUGCGGAGCGGAUGAGCUGGCGGGAAUUUCGCUCUCAUCGUGUGCUCUGUCGUGCUUGAGGGCCGGAGGCGGCCAAGGCAAGCACGUCGACCUCCCAGGUCGACAUCCCGGGCGGCUCUCUGUCGUCUACUACCUCCAGGAAGAUAGCUGGGACGCGGCUUCCAACAGCGGUCGCCUGCGCAUAUACAAAUCGAGCAGCGGGACCGAGGCGCUUGCGUGCGAUGAAGCGGGCGCAGAUCCAGACGUGGUCGCUGUCGAAGGCGCACUCGCGGACAUCGCGCCCAUCCGAGAUCGGCUGGUGCUCUUCUUCUCCGAUGACCGCUGCCCUCACGCGGUGUCACCGUUGGACGCGGCCUCUGGAGCUCGAUACGCCGCGGUCGUUUUCUGCCAAGCGCAUGGGAGCUACGAGCGCGGUGGCGAGGAGGAAGACGUCGUCUACGACUGGGAGGCGGAGCCGCUGCGGCUGUCGGAAUCGUGCGAGCCCACGGACACGGCUGCUUACUCGUCGCCCAUCGACGAGCGCUUGUGUAUGCUCGAAGAGAUCUACGAGGCGCUGGGGCCGACGGCUACAAACUUUAGUGGGCUGGGCAGCGCGGAACUGGCGCUGCUGAGCUCCAAGGAGCACGGCGGCGAAGGGGCGCACGUCUAUGGAGACACCGAGGGCGAGCUGGUGGCGCAUCUGUUUGGGGAGAUGCGGCCGGUGGUAGGCGCUGCGGAGGAGGACGUCGUAAUCUGCGACCUCGGCUCUGGCAACGGCAAGCUCCUCCUGCAGCUGGCGCUGCUGACGCCCGCGAGACGGUUGGCAGGUGUGGAGCUGUCCGCCACCCGGCACGCGCAGGCGACGGCUGCGCUCGCCCAGGCGGCCGAGCGGCAGGUCCUCUCCCCAGCGCGCGCCCGGAGCAUCGAGCUCAGCUGUGGGAGCAUGCUCGAUCACGCCGCGCUGUGUGAGGGCACGCAGUGCUUCUGCUACUCCCUUGCCCUGGACACGCCCUUCAUGGAGGCGCUUGAGGCUCACCUCGCCCGCACGCUGCCAAUGGGGGCGCUCGUUCUGCUCCGCGGCAAGCGCUUUCCGGGCGGCACGUGGGCUGAGCCGGGCACGGGCGCAUCGCGGCGAGGGAUGCAGCCCGUGCUCGAGACGCGCAUCGUCAAUCGCAUGCACCAGUUCUACGGUUACCGCAUAGCCGAUGCUGGCGCCGCGCCGCCUGACGGCGCCGCGGACGCCGCAGCCGAGCUGCGGCUGCUCGAGCUGGAGCAACGUAGCGCUCCGCUCGCUGCCGCAACGUCACGCGAGUUCGUGCGAUCCUUCUUUGCGCCGACAGAGCCUGAUGUCCAUGAGCUUCCUCCUUUGUUUUAA